AUGUCGAAAAUGGCGUCAAUGUUCCGGCCUAAGAAGCUCGACCUUUCCGGCUUUGUCAACACCCGCUUGAUCCGGGAUCACAACAAGCGCAACGCCUUCGAACAGACCGAGCCCGAACGACAAGCACUUCGCUACAUGAUCCGCAACACUAGCCUUCCCCAGCGAGUCCGCGCCCAGGCUCAACUUCAGCUCUCGCAGAUGCACGCCUACACCCGCCCGACCCAGAUUAAGAACCGCUGCGUGGCCUCAGGAACUGCACGUGCUGUUUUCCGGGAUUUCAGGAUCAACCGAUUCCAAUUCCGUAUGCAGGCACUUGCGGGUGAGCUUCCGGGCGUGAAGAAGGCAAGCUGGUAA